GUUGACAGCGACAUCUUCGCUAACAUGGCGGACAUAGACUGGCCAUGGCAAUACCAAUUUCCUCCUUUCUUUACGAUCCAGCCUAACCUGGAAACUAGGAAGAAACAAAUUGAAGCUUGGUGUUCCUUUGUCUUAUCAUACACACGCCAGCAGAAAACCUACAGCAUCGAUGUUACAGAGUCGCAGAACUCACCACUCUUUAACAAUAAAGCCAUCAACCGCAAGUUAUCUAUGGAUGGUAUCCUUACUGUACUGGAGGAACUGAGGAAAACUGGACACCUGGAGUGGACUGACAACAAGACAAGGAAGCAAUGCCUUGUGAUGUGGAGAACACCAGAGGAAUGGGGAAAACUUAUUCACAGCUGGAUUUGUAGCCGCAGUAUGAACAAUACAGUGUGUACACUGUAUGAGCUGACGGAAGGAGAGGACUCUGAAGGAACUGAUUUUCAUGGAUUAGAGAACUGGUUGCUUAUACGUGCCCUCAAAUCACUGGAAAAUCAACAGCUUGCUGAACUCAUGUCCUUUGAUGGAAGUGAUGGUGUCAAGUUCUUCUGAGCUGUUAUGGACUUGGGGUUUGAACAAGGGGCAGAAAAUGAGCAUGCAUAUUUGUGAAAAGGAAGAUAUGAAAAAAUGUUAAUGUUCCUGUUGGUAGAGUCCAAAUAUUGUCUUUACGUUAGAGUUAUAUAAUUAUAAAAACAGAUGUAUCAUUAUAUUCAAUAGAUAGAACAGCAACCAUCUAACCAUAGACUCUACAAUUCUGUAUGAAAUAUACAUCUAUAAUGAUGCCUUGAUCCUUAUUGUUAUCAUCUCACAAAUGACUUCUGAAGUUGUUAUAGGUCAAAAGUUAAGUAGAGCAAACUUUGAUAUUAGUCUAUAUAAAUUAGGAAUUUAGAACCAUGUAAAUCUCUUGAGGAUGUUGCACUGUAUUAUGAAAUACAUGUUUUUGUAUAUUUCAAUAUCUACAUAAUAAUGACCUCCUUCAUCUAGUCGAAGAUAAUUUCAUCGGAGAGUGCUAGAGUGGCACUAGGACAGACUAAUAUUGUAAGGAUAAGAUGCAUUUGAAAUAUAAAUCUGAUGAAAGGAAUAAAUAUUUUGAGGAAGAUAGUUCGAAUUAGAGAUUGUCUAUGGGAAGAAAGAAUUUUUUCAUAAGAAAGAAUGUUUGCAAGAGUGAGAGUCUGAGGCAACAUGCAAUAUUGCAUGUCAUCAUAAAUGGUACUGUACUUAUUUUGAUAAUAAAUUUCUUGAGAGAAAUCAUUACAUUUAGAUAUGAUGGAUGUAGCUAAAUACUAUAUUAAUAAAUAAGAAUAUGAUUAGUUUCUUAAUAAGACCUUUGUAAUUAGCUUCUUGAGAGGAAGAAUUUUGUGUGGUAGUUUUACAAAAAGAAAAGAAAAAAAUGAAAUUCUUCUGGUGUGCUGAUUUUGCUGAAAGACAUUUUAGAUUACAUGUAUGACAUUAUCAAUUGCAUAGAAGACAGUGGAUAUAAAUGAAAAUAAUGACAGAGAGGGUUAAUGAGAGUCUGAGGUAGCCUGCUCAGCAUAAAUAUUUGCAUAUUUUCUGAUUAUGUUAAUAAAGGAAUUUGGCAUGUUUCCAUUUCCUAGUAUGUUUCUGUGUGUAUCAAUGUUGUAUGGAUUGGAUUAAAGGGCCAUUCAUCAUGUAACUUUAGUAUACAGUCAAAUCUGUCAUAUGUGACCUUCCAAGGGAGACAAAAAUAAAGGUCACAUAUGACAAGGGAUCUCUAAAUCCAGGUUCAGGUAACUAGUAUAUAGAUAACAUUGUAAGGGAAAAUAUGGUCACAUAUAUGAGAGGGAGUCGCUUAAUUCAGGUGGUCACUAAGGCAGGUUUGACUGUAUAUUUAACCCUGGUAAAUACUAGCCACAAUACACUGCUCAGCUAAAGAGAUCUCCUCUUUAGCUCAAUCGGUUGAGCAUAAGAUAUAAGCCAGAAGUCUUGGGUUCGAUCCCUAGCGGAGGCAGUGAUUUUUUAAUGAUCAUGCACUUUGUUACAUAAAUCACAUGAGUGUUGGAUUUUUAAGCUCAGGUUUUCAGUGACCAUACUCUGUCACCUUCAUCAGAGUCAAAUAAAUAGUCCAGUGAAUCAUAUAUACAGUCGAACCCACUUAAUUUGAAAUCGGAUAUAUUGAAAUAUUGUUUAAUUUGAAGUGAAAUAAAACCCCCAUCCAAAUGC